CAGUCCGGAUGUUCCCCAGUAGCGAAUAACGAGCAGCAGUGUGUGAAUGUGGCAACCGAGGUAGACAGGGAGGGGUACAUAGGCUGGCCAGACCCAGGCUCUUGUCUUUUUUCCUUUAUUUUUCUUUUCUCGCAUAGCCAAGUGUUUACAGUUCGUGCACCGCCGCGGUUGUGAAGUUCUUUACGGGGCAGAAAACCCGGCCGCUGCUGCUUUUCUCUGGGACUAACCGCUGUCGUUGUGAAAACAGUCCAGAAGAAGGAAAGGGAGAAACAACAUGGGGCGAUAAUAAAAAAAAAAAGGUGUUGUUGUGAGCGGACGAUGACUCUCUGGGAGGACCCGUGAAGCUUAUUUAUUUUUAUUUAUUCCCCUCCCUUCCUUCUUCCCUCUUUCCCUGUGUCCGUUUUUGUUUUAUUUUUUUGUAACAUUUCCCCUACCCCCCUGCCAGUUUGGGAGAUUUUUUUUAAAGGAAAAGGCAACAAGAAGAUUGAAGAAAUGGACCAAGCCGGCAUCCUGAGAAAGUUUAUCCAGGGGGUGAAGGCCAUGAGCGAGGGGAACGAUGAGAGGGGAGAGGAUAACUUCGGCAGCGACUUUAUGCGGUUACGACGGUUAUCUACCAAAUACCGGACAGAGAAGAUCUACCCGACCAACAUAGGGGAGAGAGAGGAGAAUGUGAAGAAGAACAGAUAUAAAGAUAUACUGCCAUUUGAUCACAGUAGAGUGAAGCUGAAGCUAAAAACAACCAAUCAGGACACAGAUUACAUCAAUGCUAACUUCAUUAAGGGUAUGGAUGGCCCAGAGGCCUAUAUUGCAACUCAGGGUCCACUGCAGAACACUGUCAUCGACUUCUGGAGGAUGAUCUGGGAGUACAACGUAGCUGUUAUUGUGAUGGCUUGUCGAGAGUUUGAGAUGGGAAGAAAAAAGUGUGAGCGGUAUUUCCCGAUGCAGGGGGAGCAGCCUAUGAGCUUUGGCCCUUUCAGAAUCUCCUAUGAAUCGGAGCAGGCCAGAACAGACUACUUCAUCAGGACUUUGACGGCACAGUAUGAAAAUGAAUCCCGUAGGAUAACGCAGUUCCAUUAUAUGAACUGGCCGGAUCAUGACGUCCCCUCAUCAUUUGAUUCCAUUCUGGAUAUGAUCGGGCUGAUGAGAGAAUAUCAAGAGAACAAUGAUGUCCCCAUAUGUGUACACUGCAGUGCAGGGUGUGGGAGGACAGGAGCUAUCUGUGCUAUUGACUACACAUGGAACCUCCUCAAAGCCGGGAAAAUUCCAGAAGAUUUUAAUGUGUUCCGGUUGAUCCAAGAGAUGAGGACACAGCGACACUCGGCUGUUCAAACCAAGGAGCAGUAUGAGCUGGUUCAUAGAGCCAUCGCUCAACUGUUCGAGAAACAGCUACAGCAGCUGGAGAGUCCCACCAGCACACAGAUCCAUGAUGGCAUGGAUGAAAGCAGUCCUGACAAAGCAAGCCACCACUCAUCGGAUACAUGGGACACUCCACCUCCAAAACCUCCCCGCAUUCGCAGUACGCAGGUAGAAGGCGAUGUAAAGGAAGAGAUCCUCCAACCCCCAGAAGCUCACCCCGUACCACCCAUUCUGACCCCAUCUCCUCCGUCAGCCUUCCCGACUGUCACGAACGUGCGACAGGACAAUGACCGCUACCAUCCCAAACCCGUCAUCCAUGUCCUCGCUACUACGCAGCACAACGUGACAGAGGAUAAGAACACAGACCAGCAGCAGAACCAGCUAGAGCCCAGUCCAAACAAACAGACCAGUCCCUCAGAGCAGAAAGAUCAAGAGCUACUAAGCCGAAAACAGCAGAGUCAGGUCUCAAAUCUGGAUCUCAAUGACAACUACAACAACAAAUUGUCUUCAAAGUCAGAAUCAGGCCAAAGCCAGACUCAGACCCCAUCCUCGCCCCUCUCCCCAGCUGUUGAUUGUUCUGGUGCUCCUCGAAUUGAGAGGAAGCUCAGCAUUGAGAUUAAAAAGGUGCCACUGCAGGAAGGACCUCGCAGCUUUGACACCUCCUCGUCGAUGGGAGUAGCUGGCGGACAAGGCUCCAGUUCUAGUAACAACAGCUGCGCACUGCAAAGAAGUCACGCAUUUAAAGCUCGCACUGGUCAGUCCCUUCUGACGUCCAGCUCCUCUCUGUCAGAGGACUCUGGCACAGAGGGAGGAGCUUGUGGAUGUGGAGAGAGUCAAGCAGAUGGAGGCAGCCUCGCCAGGCCGAACCACCUUCCUGUAAAGAGUGGAGAGAAGGUGGAGAAGCAGGGAGGGGAUUUGAAAGCCGGCCACGCAGCGUGGACUCAACCCAGCAACAGCCCGGACAAACAGUACCCCAAGACCACCUCCUCUUCUUCCUCCUCAGACCGUGUGGCUCCAUCCUCAUCCUCCUCCUCCCACCUCUCCUCUUCCUCCUCCUCCUCCUCCUCCACACCUGUUAGGACUGCCCUGAGUUUCACCAACCCCCUGCACUCUGACAACUCGGACGAGGAGGGGAAGAUGUCUGAGGAGAUGUCCGGAGGAGGAAAGGAGGCUUUCCGUACAAGUGUAUCCACAGCGACUGCCACCGUAACGGCAUCCUCUCAACAUGGAGACCAGCAGCCGGUCAGAAAGGUGUCGCCGAUGUCAAUUGCAGGGCAGAUCACACCAACGGUCUCUCCAUCAAUAGCAAACUGCUGGGACAGCGAUGACUCCCCUCCCCCUCUCCCCGAGCGAACCCCUGAGUCCUUCAUACUGGCCACAGACCCUUUGGAAGCAAAAACAUCAGCUUCAGCCGAGUGGAGUUCACAUAAAGAUGCGUCUGACUGUGGGACGACUUCUCCAGCCAACCUUUCAUCUGCUGGCACCACAACAAGCAACAACAGCAAGCCAGAGCUGGGUGGGGUUCGGUAACCGCUGCAUUCAGCCCAAAGGUCCUCGACGACCCCCCCUGGAGUGGACAUGAUGGAAUAAUCCAGCUGCCCGUCCACCACCACUGUCCUCCCUUGUCAGGAGAUGGGGUCUACCGACCUCACCUGGCUGGUCCAAAAACCAAGAUGAUAGAUGCUACGCAUUUCAUAGAAACACCUUCUGAGUGACUGUUUGCCAGUACCCUCCUCUUCCUCCUCCUCCUCCUCAGUCCUCCCUGCAAAGUGCCACUGUGCUGAGCAGGGACAGUCAAGAGGCUAGAAUGUUCUCCUCCUCAGCUUGCUGAUGUUGGCAGGUUUGACUACUCUAGAUGCUGACCUGGGAUCAGUUUGGUUAUUUCCCUGUUUAUGAUUAAAGGAUAAUUCCUGUUUUGUUUUUUUUGUUUUUUUUCCUCACCUUUUUUGUUUUUGUGUUUUUGUUUUUUUGGGGGGGUGGGGGGUGACUGGAGAGAAGACUAAGAGCGGGCAUGUUUUUCCUCCAUGAGCUGUAGACACCUCACUUUUAAGGCUGUUACAUGUCAAAUAUAAAUAAAGUGUUCAGGCUGAGCGCUUUGUUUAAAGCCAAAUGAAUUUUUUUUUCCUCCUAUAUCAGGAAUUACCUUAAAUUAGAAAAACUACUGUGGGAGGCUGAACUCCCGGAAGUUGUCUGUUGCCUCCUACUGAAUGAACAACAAUCUUGAAAGCGAACUUAGAUAAUCUGUUACCCAUGAUGCAACCUUUUCUGUUGGGUAUGCACAGGUUGCCAGGUUGCUCUCUCUUUGUCUCUCUCUCCCUCUAUCAAAGUGCUGGUGCUACAUUACAAAGGAUCGUCACGGAAACAAAAGCACUAGAGCUCACUGUUACCUGUUUCUCACCGCUGUUGUUAGCUCUGCUAUUUUACGCGUCCAUGCUUCUCUGCCAGAGUGACAGGUUAACAAAGUUUGGCCAUUGUGGUGUUCAUUUAAGACAUUUCACUUAAAGUGAAGUGCCGCUGGUGAUUUUAUGGCAGCGGGCAGUAAUAGUUAUGUCAGUGUCUCAGUGGCAACUUCCUGAGCUUAAAAAAAAAAAAAAAAUAAAAAAAAAAUUAAGAACGAACUAGCAAAAACUGCAGUUUCUGUAGUGGCGACUUGAGGCUUCAUAGAGUCCAUAGUCCCAUAUUAAAAUCUCUGAAUUUCCAGCCUUUUUAGGGACUAUAGCUUAUUUGCCCCUUUAUAUCAAGAAUAUAUGGUGGGUGGGUUUUUACAUUACUUAUUCACAUGGCUACUGGUGAGGCUUAAAGUUGGGGUGGGGGGGGCGCUGUUUUGAUUGACAGGUGUACCCAAACAGGAAGCAUUUUUGUGAUGUUGGUGAUUUAUGGGCCAUUUUUGUAUCUGACUUGUUGCACAGACAUAUCAAAGAAGUUUGUGCUUCAGUGUCAGUGAGUGAAAUUCUAGCGUUUUAUUAAUCUAUUACUAAGCACUUAUGGAUCAUAUGACCUGUCUAAAAAAAAAAAAAAAAAAAAAAAAAAAAACCCCAAACACGAAAAAUUGAGGUUUUAAAAACGGAAAUCAAAAACGGUAAGAUUAAAGCCAAUGAAUUUGUGUAAAGUGUAGUAUAUAUGUGUGAGCUCCAAGCAGCUGAACCAAAGAGUACAGUUCCACCUUAAAUUAAUAAAUUGGAGAAUUUUUUUUUCUAUGCUACCCACGUCUGAGAUAAAAUGACAUUAAACACAGAAAAAGCCGAACUUGUUAGCUCUGUGACUCUGACUCUCACAACUGGGACCAUGAGCCUGCCUUAGUCCACCUUUCAGAGAAGACAGCCCUCCUUUAUUUGCUCUUUUCUUCUUUCUGUGUUUCUGGCUCAUCUACUCGGGACUCAUAUUUCUUCCAUUUAUUUGCUGUUCUUCUGUCGGGUUUCUCUCCUUCUGCCAAACCUCAACUGAACGACCAUGAAAGUUUCUUUCCUUUCAGCUGCCAGUUUGCUCACGACAAACCUCGGUGUUUCGGAGUCUGAAUGUUACACAUCGCCUGAAACGCUUGAACCUUUGACUCGACAGAUUGAAAUUAAACCUCCAAGCCUUCUCUACAAGUCAGACUUGUUUGGUUUCUCAUCUGACGGCAUGUUGUUCUUUACCUGCUUCUGAGACAAUGAUCCAAUAAGACAACAGCAGCCAGGGACCCAGGACUACUACUGUUUACUCCUUUUUUUUUUUUUUUUUUUUUUUUUUUUUUUGUUCUCUUUCAUUAGCUGCCAUAACUAUACAGUAUAUGCAUUGUUUUAUAAAGAGCUGUACAGGACAGUUUAGGUAUAAAAUACUUCAGAUUUCCUUUUUUUCUAUCUCCUAAAUGUUCCUAUUAACAGAAGAUGUAAGAAAAUCAGUGCAUGAUGAUGAAUCCUCCCUCUACACAAUGUUUUUCUUUAAACUGUAAAUUAUUCUGCUACCCUCUUGUUUUUGCUUCUGGCAAAUAUUUCAGGGUUUUUUUUCUUUGUUUUUUUGGAAUUAUAUGCUUAGAUUAAAAACAAAGUUUUAAUUGGUUGGCAGAGGAAAAGCAGAGGCUGCCAGCCCAGCCCCCUUUGAGAUAACUACAACGGGCUCUGAACAAGAUUGUAAUAAUAAUAUUAAUAAUGAUGAUGAUGAUAAUAUUGGUUGUUUGUUUUUGUAAAUGGUAUUUGAAAAGUUAUUUUUGUAUAUGCAGUUGUUUGUUGUGACACAAGUCCACUGCCCCCCCUCCCCACCCAAACAUCGUUUCUCACUCGCUCUCCUCUCCAUCGUUUCUUAUUCUUUUUGAACUUUUUUUUUUCUUUUUUAAAACACACAACUGAGAUGAAUGUCCUGUUCUCUACAAGGAGCAUUUCAUUAUUUUUCCUCCUCCGUUUCCUGCUUACUUCCCAUCCUGUUUUUGCUUCUUUAAUCUUCCUCCACUCCUGCCUUUCUUUCCGCCUUUUCCCAUUUUUUUUGAGAAAGGCUGUCAUUUCCAACACGUGUGCCCACGCACAACAGAAUAGACUGUCUUUUUAACUUUAUUGAUUCUCUUAUAAUUCGUUAUCCUCAUUUUUCUGUUUACUUCCACUCCACACACAUGCACACGCCUCGAUCUCAGUAAAGAGCCCACCUGUGCCUUUAAGAGAGAGCCCGCCUGCCCGCACUCACCCUUUCCCUCUGCCCUCCAAUCAUCAUUAGCGGCAUGAACAUAAGCGAUGUGAUUCGCUGCUGCUUGCUCAUCGCCUCCUGUGGGACUCUCAUUCAGCCACGCCCCCUCAGCCCCAUCCUGUCUCACACACACACACAUACACACACGUUUGUAUGUUGCAGAAAUCAAUCAGUAAAAAUGACCUUAAGUAAA